UCUUCUUCAAGUAAAGUCGACCGUACUAAUCAAAUCGUCUAUAUUCGAACGAUCUAAACUUAGAUUUUUCAAUUACUGUGUCAUUGUAACAAUUCAAGUGGACGAUGAUUCAAUUCUUAAAGCGCGUUUUACAUGAACCACAGAGGCGGCGACGGCGACAACGACAACGUUCACUCUAAAUGUCACACGUAACAAACCAGCUGACAGUUAUUUUCACAUUUUUUUACGAUCAGUACGGAAAUUAAUGCAGUUUUAUGAAGUCUAUUCGAGAUAAAGCUAAUUUAUAUAUAUUUAGAGGAGAUAAUAUUUUUCCAUGUCAGGAUAGAGAUAGGAUAUUUAAUUGUUUUGAAACAUAUCAUGCGAGCUCUACGAAUAUUGUGUUUACUCAUCUCCUAUUAAUCAUUCUGUUUUUGUGUGACUCUUUUCCAAUAUAUUUCUGAAAAUAGAUAUCUGCAUAGUCGAAUUGACUUCUCUACUCGAGUUUCUACCAUAUCUCUGAAGUGAUGACAUGACACAAAACACAAUAAUAAAAUAUACAUUUCACUUGAACAUUUUUGCAGAAUGUAAUUGAUUGAAGUAGAUUCUCAUUUGAAUCUUCGCACGUAAGCGUUGUUUACCUUGUCACAGUACAAACUCCACAGAUUAGACGGAAAUCAAAGAGAUAACAGAACCCAUAUGACAUGAUAACGGACAUCGUUUACUAUUAUAAGAGGAUAGUUCAUCUGCAGAUGGUCCAUCGGCACCAUCGAUCUUCAAAUUAGUCGCGAUUAUUUCCUUCUUUGCCGUUUCCCUUAUGUAAUCUUAACUCGUUGGUUUACAAAUUCGAGACUUAUAAACCCUAAUAAAAUUUCACGCGUAUGACUCAUGAAACGUUGGAAUAAAUCGACGAUAGAUAAAUCUGCGAGCAACGAAGGUCAAAUUUUAAUCCUAUCGUUAAAUUAGAGAGAUCUUUUAUCGAGAUCUGUACGGAGCAAAGGAUUACGAUAGAAAUUACGAAAGUUGACCUGUUUCUUCGAUAAGCGCUGCCAUGUUUUCACCCCACCGCUUUAUGAGGAGGAAAGUGCAAUUCAUGAGAAGCGUAGCUCGUAUCGAGCUGGGUAGUAACAACGUUGCCUCCUCGAGAAUACUGUCUCCGAGACUACUCCAGUCAUUCGACGACUCGUCUUGUUCUUUCAUUAGGAGAUUUGCUGUGUCGUCCGCGGCAAUGGCGAAAAUAAAGGCUGGAGCAGUGGUCGAUAUCCUGGGCGAUGAGAUGACAAGAGUCAUCUGGGAUUCCAUUAAGGAGAAACUAAUUUUACCGUACUUAGAUAUCGAGCUGCACACUUACGACUUAGGAAUUGAAAAUCGCGACGCUACCUCUGAUCAAGUAACCGUAGAUUGUGCGGAGGCUAUCAAGAAGUAUAAUGUAGGGAUAAAGUGCGCCACGAUCACUCCUGACGAGAAGAGAGUAGAGGAGUUCAAGCUGAAACAAAUGUGGAAGAGUCCAAACGGUACCAUUAGGAACAUACUGGGUGGCACGGUUUUCCGCGAAGCUAUUAUUUGCAAGAACAUACCGAGACUGGUGACCACUUGGAACCAGCCGAUCAUAAUCGGCAGGCACGCUUAUGGCGAUCAGUACAAGGCUACGGACUUCGUAGUGCCAGGACCUGGUAAACUGGAAAUCUCGUGGACCGGAGAUAACGGAAAAAAGAUACAGCACACGGUGCAUGAAUUCAAGGGACCCGGCAUUGCUCAGGCUCAGUUCAAUACGGAUGAGAGUAUUCGUGACUUUGCUCACAGUUCCUUCAAAUUUGCUUUGUCGAGGGAUUAUCCGCUGUAUUUGUCCACGAAGAACACUAUUCUGAAACAGUACGACGGUAGGUUCAAGAACAUCUUCCAAGAAAUAUAUGAGAAGGAGUAUAAGUCGCAGUUUGAGGCCAAGAAGAUUUGGUACGAACACCGACUCAUCGAUGACAUGGUAGCGUACACGAUGAAGUCCGACGGUGGUUUCGUAUGGGCCUGCAAGAACUACGACGGCGACGUUCAGUCAGAUUCCGUGGCACAGGGCUACGGUUCUCUGGGUCUAAUGACCUCCGUUUUAAUCUGUCCUGAUGGACGCACGGUAGAAGCCGAAGCCGCUCACGGUACGGUCACGAGACAUUAUCGAAUGUAUCAGCAAGGGAAGGAAACGUCGACCAACCCUAUUGCCUCGAUAUUCGCGUGGACGAGAGGCUUGCUUCACCGCGCGAAAUUGGAUAACAAUGCAGACUUGAAACGGUUCGCGGAGACCUUGGAAAAAGUUUGCAUCAGUACCAUCGAAUCAGGGCAGAUGACGAAGGAUCUCGCGAUCUGUAUUAAAGGCAUGAACAACGUUACCAGGUCCGAUUAUUUAGAAACGUUCGAGUUCAUGAACAAACUGGCAGAGAAUCUGAAGAAGCAAUUGAAGUGACUCAAUUUCUCUGGCAAGAUGCUGGCUAAGUAUUGAGUACCUACAGAGGAAACUAAUUAUCGGUUGCGGGAAAGAAAGCUGCAUUUAAUUUAGUGUGCAUUAUAUCGCGUAAACGAGAUUCGAUACGAGAAGAACGAAAACUUAAUAUAUUACAGAUAUACGUUUACAACGUUUCGAUUUAAUAUUUUAUCUAUUUGUAUGUAUACUUGUACUAAUUUUUUAAAAGAUUGUUAACUGUAAGGAUUGUUUAAUUUAAUAAACAAGUAUGUA